AUGACUGGAGCUGAGCACGCCAAGUACACUAGUCGAUUUGAAGAACUGUCCAGGCUUGUCCCGCAUCUAGUGACACCGGACUCCAAGGGUAUCCAGAAGUACAUCUCGGGCUUGAUUCCUCAGAUUAGACUGACUAUGGUAGGGACAACUCUUGCUACUAUGAAUGAAGCAGUGUUGAGAUCAGAGGCUAUUACUGACGAGUUGGUUCAAAGUGGAGUCUUAAGUAAGUCAAGUGAGAAAAGGAAAGAUUGGGGGGAGACCAGCAAAUGGAGGGGUGACAAGAAGGAUAAGAGGGCCAAGACGGGGAAAGUGUAUGCCGCGACUGAGAUGGUUCAGAAGGGUUAUGUGGGCCCGCACCCCCUAUGUGGCAAGUGUAAUCUGCAUCAUUUGCCAAAAUCACCAUGUAAGACUUGUUUCAACUGUCAGAGGUUUGGUCAUCUUGCUAGAGAUUGUAGAGCACCACGAGUACAAGCAGCCCCACUGAAUGUUGCACCGUUGAAUGCCAUCCCACCUAAUGCCAGAAAUCUUCAAGGUAACCGAGGAAGUUGUUAUGAAUGUGGGAGAACUGACCACUACCGUAACACAUGCCCCCGACUUAACCGACAGCCAGCCCCAGGAACAGUGAACCGUAACCAGCUACAGAUUACCGGUCCACCUCAACCAAGAGCAAACCAAGGUCAGCAAGCCAGAGGUCGAGUCUUUGCCCUAAAUUCUGUGGAAGCUGCAAAUGAUCCCAACGUCGUCACUGGUACAUUUCUUCUGAACGAUCAUGUUGCUACUGUGUUAUUCGAUUCUGGAGCCGACUAUAGCUUUAUGUCCACUAACUUUCUGGGUAUCUUAAAUGCGCCAACCUGUUACUUGCAUGCUUGUUACGAGAUUGAGGUAGCUAGUGGUAAACUAGCUAGGCUAGACAGGGUAGUGCCUAAGUGUGUACUUACUUUAGAGGGCUACUCGUUCUAUAUUGAUCUGAUUCCUUUCGGAAUGGGUAGUUUUGACGUUAUCGUUGGGAUGGAUUGGUUGUCCCGUGUGGAUGCAUCCAUCGUAUGCCGCGCUAAAAUCCUUAGGAUACAUAUGAGCGACGGUCAUGUGUUAGAAAUUCAUGGCGAACGAACAGAAACUAUUGGCCGACACCUUAAGAGUGCUACCGAUAAGGUAGCCAAGAUUACUGACAUUCCUAUCGUAUGUGACUUUCCCGAUGUUUUUCCCGAUGAUGUAGUGGGAUUACCCCUACCUAGACAAGUCGACUUUCGCAUUAAUCUAGUACCUGACGCUAUGCCAAUAGCGAAAACACCGUACCAUUUGGCUCCUUCCGAAUUGCAAGAAUUAGCAACACAAUUGCAAGAAUUACAAGAUAAGGGAUUCAUUCGACCGAGUUCUUCGCCUUGGGGUGCACCGAUAUUAUUUGUUAAAAAGAAGGAUGGGUCGUUUCAUAUGUGCGUUGAUUACCGCGAGCUGAACAAAUUAACCGUUAAGAACCGUUAUCCUUUGCCACGUAUUGAUGAUUUGUUCGAUCAGUUUCAAGGCACCAAGUACUUCUCUAAGAUCGAUCUUCGUUCGGGCUAUCAUCAGUUAAGAGUACGCGAAGAGGACAUACCAAAGACGGCCUUCAGCACAAGAUAUGGGCAUUUUGAGUUUUUGGUAAUGCCAUUUGGAUUGACAAAUGCGCCUGCUGUUUUCAUGGAUCUCAUGAACCGCGUAUGUAAGCCGUACCUAGAUGAUUUCAUCAUUGUAUUCAUCGACGACAUCCUUAUAUACUCAAAGACUAAGAAAGAGCACGAAGUGCAUCUGAGACAAGCCUUGGAGCUUCUAAGAACUGAAAAGUUGUAUGGAAAAUUCUCAAAAUCUGAAUUUUGGUUGGAAGAGGUGAAGUUUUUGGGUCAUGUAGUUAACAAGGAUGGGAUAAAGGUUGAUCCCAACAAAAUAGAAGCGGUGGAGAAAUGGAGAAGGCCGGAGACACCGACAGAGAUCAGACAGUUCCUUGGAUUAACAGGAUACUAUCGACGGUUCAUAGAAAACUUCUCAAGGAUCGCACAACCCCUAACGUUGUUGACACACAAGGAUAGGAGUUUUGUUUAG